CAGACUAGGAGUACGAAAAAAUAUAUUUGUUUGUGUUUAUAAAAUAAAUAUUUUGUUUUAGGAUCUGUAUGAAAAAGUUUAAAAAUGGUAAUCUACGGAGUUUAUAUCGUUAGUAAAUCUGGCGGUUUAAUAUAUAACUAUGACCAUAAUAUUCCCAAAGUAGAAACGGAAAAAACUUUCGGGUUUCCUUUAGAUAUCAAACUUGAAUAUGAAAAUAAGAAAGUCGUAGUUGUUUUUGGCCAAAGAGAUGGUAUAAAUGUCGGACACGUCCUCCUCUCAGUGAAUGGCUCACCAGUCAACGGCCGUACCACAGAAGACGGAAAAGACGUAUUCGAUGUUAUAGAGCUAAAGGAAAGUUACCCUCUGAGUCUGAAGUUCGGACGGCCACGAGCCACGACAAAUGAGAAGAUAGUUUUAGCGAGUAUGUUCUACCCGCUCUUUGCACUAGCAAGUCAACUUAGUCCUGUCCCCAAAUCUUCAGGAAUUGAGAUUCUUACUGCAGACUCAUUCAAACUAUCAUGUUUUCAGACAUUAACAGGUGUGAAGUUCAUAGUGGUAACUGACCCCAACAUGCAAGGGCCUGAUGUAGUCCUCAAACGAAUCUAUGAGCUGUACUCCGACUAUGCUCUGAAAAAUCCCUUCUAUUCUUUGGAAAUGCCGAUACGCUGUGAGCUGUUUGACACAUCAUUACAUACGCUACUUGAAUUAGUUGAGAAAUCUGGAACUGCCAAUUUAUAACUGACUUAAAGAUGUGUAUAGAAUUAAAAUAAGACUAUUUUGAAUGUGUUUGUACAUUGAAGGUAAAUAGAUGCUGUGAAAAAACAAUGCUAAUCGAAUUGUUUGCUCCUCAUUAUGCAAUAAUUAUAUUAUAAUAAGUUUGCUAUUGAAAUAUGUUUAAAUACUUCCGGCUUUGUUUAGUUUUCUUUUAUUCUAAAACAACCUUAUUCUAUUUCCAUUGCACAUCAAAAGAUCUAAUAUAUAGAAAAAUGGAAAAACAAAUACUAGCUAAAAGCUAUGCAACCACUCUGAAGCGGUGUUAUGCUUGAAAUAAUCUUCAUUUAAGGUACUAGUUUUAUGACCAACAUAUGAGUAAAAAAUUGUUGAUGCUAUUAUUUUAUUUGUAUGUUUAGCUUAUGUUAAGAUAUGUUAACUGUUAUGUAUAUAAAGUGUAUUAAAUAUAUUUGAUCUAUCGA